UAUCUAUCAGGCUACGAAAUCGAGUUAUUCUGAUGAUCUAUCCCUUAUUCUAUUAUUUUCAAAGUUGCGAGAAUCUUUGCUUUCCCAUGAUUAGUUAUUAAGUUGAAAUUUUUAAGUUCUUGAUCGCGCAAAAUUAAGAAAUCGAAGCAUCAGCUUAAAUAGAUCUUACAUCGGAAAUAUUUUGAUGAAGUUUAGAAAAAUUAUCCAACGUGACCACCGAACGAGACCAGGAGCGUUUCUUCUCUCAAAUGGCUCCAAAGUGCUCAGCUAAGGAGUUGAAAGUACUCAUUAGACUCGUGAAACAUGAUCUGAGAAUGAACGCGGGUGCGAAGCCAGUGCUGGACGCCAUAGAUGCACGUGCAUACGAGGCCUUUCAGACAUCGAGGGAUUUGAAGGACGUAGUGACUCGAGUUAUGCAACGGAAGGACAGUCCCAAAAUGACAAAACAAUUAAGUAUAAAAGUGUCCCUGAUGACGCCUGUGCUUCCGAUGUUGGCAGAAGCGUGCAAGAGUGUGGCAUUUGCACUGGAAAGGUGUCCCAAUGGAAUGUACUCGGAGAUCAAAUACGACGGGGAACGAGUACAGGUGCACAAGAAGGGAUCCACUUACCAGUACUUCUCGAGGAGUCUGAAGCCUGUAGUAGCACACAAAGUGGCCCAUAUCAAAGAAUUCUUACCUCAAGCGUGUCCUGCUGGCAAUGACAUGAUUCUGGACUGCGAAGUUCUUCUAGUGGACACAAACACUGGACAACCUCUUCCCUUUGGCACUCUUGGAGUCCAUAAGAAGACUGCAUUUGCCAAUGCCUCAGUCUGUCUCUUCAUUUUCGACUGUCUUCUAUUCAACGAGGAGACUUUAGUGGAGCAGCCAUUGGCAUACAGGAAAAAAAUACUCUACGAUAACAUCACGGAGGUUCCUAACAAAAUAAUGCUCAGUGAACACACGAUAAUCAAAGAUGGCUCGAAGUUGAACACAAUGAUAAUGGAGACCAUCAAAGCAGGAUUAGAAGGACUGGUUCUGAAGGACACUCAGAGUGUCUAUGAGCCGGGGAAGAGACACUGGCUGAAGGUGAAGAAGGACUACCUGCAGGAUGGGGCCAUGGCCGACACUGCUGACUUGGUCUGUCUGGGUGCUUACUAUGGCACAGGCAAUAAGGGUGGCUUGAUGUCUUCAUUUCUCAUGGGUGUCUACGACGAAGCAUCGAGAUCUUGGCUGACGGUUACAAAAGUCUCAAAUGGAUUCACAGACGCACAGCUGAGCAAAGUCAACAAAGAUCUCAAAAUGACUAAGAUAUCCAAGGAUCCGAACCAAGUGCCACGCAUGUUCAAAAUCAAGAAGCAGCUGGUCCCUGAUUUCGUGAUUAGUGAUAUAAAAGACGCACCUGUUUGGGAGAUCACAGGAGCUGAGUUCACGCAAGCGGAAGGACAUACGGCCGAUGGGAUUUCGAUCCGGUUUCCGAGAGUAACGAAAGUGAGAGACGAUAAGUCUUGGAGGGAGGCAACUGAUUUCAUUCGACUCAAAGUUCUAGUCGCCAAGUCGAAGGAAAACUCGGACAUCGAAUCUAUCAUGUCCAAAAACUCGACGGAUUCACCAACUUUAUCUUCAAGCACAAGAAGUAAAAACAACCAACCAAGUUCAAGCAAAACGUCUCCGCCGUUAAGCCCACGUAAACGAGAAGGUCAACAAACUCCAAUCACAUCGUCGUUUUCUAAAAAGCCGAAGAGAGUAGAACAAAGUGCCUCAUUAAAGAGCCAUUCAACUAAACUGAAAAACAUAUUCACCGAUUAUAAAUUAUUUGUGGGCGACUCAGUUGCGAGUAAAGAGAAGCUAGAGCGUUACUUCAUUGCGUAUGAUGGCGAAACAGUAGAAAGUUAUGAAGUUGAUCGUAAUAAAAUUGUGAUAUGCUCUGACGAAGAAUGGAAAUGCAUGUCGAGUGGAGUCCGAGUGUCGCAGGAGUGGGUUUUCGACAGUGUGAAAGCAGGAGAAGUACAAGAUACGAAAAUAUAUUAAGUUUGAAAAAUAUUCUAUUUGUGUACAUUUGAAAAAUAUUCUAUUUUGUGUACAACAUAAAUUAGUGCAGCGAAAUAUUUUCAUCGAGAAAGAUUAUCAACUGAAUCGUCUCAA